CGAAAAACUACAACACGACGCGCAGAAAAAAAAAAACACAAAACCCAUCUCUCUCUCUCUCUCUUCUUCUCGUUCUCUCUGAAACUCACAAGAUUAAAGUGAAACGCCAGAGAGAGACACCAUGGCAGACCCAGCAACGUCGUCGUUUUUGUCUAUCAUGAUCAGCUGGUUCACGCCCACCUCUCUAUUCCUCUUCGUCAACCUCGUGAUCGGCACCAUCGUUCUCUCCUCUCGCUUUGGGACCCACAAAAACCCUGAACAGCACCAUCAAGAUCAGCUCACUCCUCACAGCUCGCACCAGCUCGUCCGUACGCCUUCGCUCUUGGACCGGGUCAGGUCCUUCAACUUCUCACACUACAAUUUUGAACAACCCAACCCGGAACCCGAACACGUGGCACCAGAGCAUGUAAACCAGGCCGGGUUAACUCGGACUCCCUCGCUCUUGGAACGGCUCGGGUCGAUGGAUUUCUCCACUCUGUUGAGAUCGGAAAAGCCUGACACAGAAACUAGACAUCUUGACCCGAAUGAGUCCGAGCACGAGACCCAUGAUCCGAACCCGAGGAGCGAUAAUUUGGUUCAUCGGAGCAAGUCGGAGUCGAGUGGUGGAGCUCCGGCGCACCAUCACGAGCAGAUAAGAAAGUCUGUUAGCGAGAAAUCGCCGCUGGGAAGGGUUGAAGGAAACGACGACGUAGGGGACGACAGAAGGCCGAGGGUGGAGAAAACGAGGUCGUUUGGGGGCGACGAAGGGGUUGACGCGAAAGCUGAUGAUUUUAUCAACAGGUUUAAGCAGCAGCUCAGGCUGCAAAGGCUGGACUCUCUCUUGCGUUACAAAGAAAUGCUUCAAAGAAAAUAAAAAAACAAAAAAUAGUUGUAGUAGUAUUUUCCUGGAACCGAGGCCUUUCAUGGUGUUCAAAGGGUCACAAGGCAGCUGAGAAAACUCAAAUCUCAGACCAGUUCGUCAACCAAAUUAAAUAUUAAUAAAAGAGUUGAGAGUCGGUACGUUUUAUAA